GCAUCAGGAUGUGAUAUUGUGGUACUGGGGACUGACUUUGAAAGAUUACAGAUAAUCCCUGGAGCAAAACAUGGAAACAUUCAGGUGGGAUGUGUGGACUGUUCAAUGCAACAGGGGAAGAUUGCAGCUUCUUACGGAAAUGUGAUUUGUAUCUUUGAGCCGGUUAGCCUCUUGAAGCAGAACAGCAGUCAUCAUAAUACAUUACAUUAUCAGUGGCAGAAGAAUGCUCAAAUCUUACUGGAAGCCAUAGCACAUAAUCUAACGUGGGAUCCCACAGGCACUCGUCUUUUGACUGGUUCCAGUUGUCUUCAGCUUUGGUCCAAUGUUCCUUUGGAAAACCCUUCUGACAAUGACAAUACUGAAAGAACAGGUGUUGGACUAGGAGAAUGGAGGUGUAUCUGGCAAUGCAAAACUGCUUCUCAAGUUUGUUUAAUGAAAUUCUCGCCAGAUGGGGAGUUUUUUGCUACUGCUGGAAAGGAUGAUUGCCUUGUGAAAGUAUGGUACAAUACAGACAGCUGGCGAUCAGCCAUAACACCACCUGGCGCAAGUCCAGAAAAACAAGCAGAAGUAGUUGAUUUUUCAUUUGUCUAUUUGGCUCAUCCUCGGUCAGUAAACGCAUUUUCAUGGAGGAAGACCAGUAAAUUCAUGCCACGGGGUGCUGUCUGCAAUGUACUCCUGACUUGCUGUAAGGAUAAUGUUUGUCGUCUCUGGGCAGAGACUUUGUUACCCAAUGACAGUCUGUUGUAUGGUGGAGGAUACAAUAAUUGGAGUGAAGCGGUGAACUUCACAAAUAACUUCAAGAGAAAUAUUUCAAGUAAGGAAAAAGUGCAAAAUGCUUUAGAGUUAAACCUGAGGCACUUCCGACGAGGAAGGAGGAGGUCGGGUGCUGUUGUAGCACAUACUGGAUAUGCUCCACAUCAGCAAGAUCCCCAUGAAGUUCACAGGAACAUCCCUCCUCAUGCAAAUGCACUUUGUCACUUCCAUAUUGCUGCCAGUAUCAAUCCAGCCACAGAUAUUCCUCUACUUCCUUCUAUCACAUCUCUGAGUCUUGGUGAAAAUGAAGAAAAAAGUGGACCUUUUGUUGUGCACUGGCUAAACAAUAAAGAACUUCAUUUUACCUUAUCCAUGGAAGUAUUUUUGCAACAACUUAAGAAGAGUUUUGAACAUCAUUCUCCUGAGACUAAUACUGAGGAAUCUAAUCAAAUGGAUGGUAGAUCAGAAGAAGAAGUUGAUGAAAAUGGAGAUGAACAAAAAGGAAACCAAGAAAAGAAGGAAGUGGGGGAUGAGAAAACUCCAAAUUCAAGCCUUGUUCCUUUAUCUUCUGCUAUUAUUGAUCAUGAAAUUGAAGUACUACUUUCUGAAUGGAGUAAAAAUGCUGACAUGCUAUUCAGUAUACAUCCUAUGGAUGGUUCACUGCUGGUGUGGCAUGUGGACUGGCUUGAUGAAUACCAGCCUGGCAUGUUUCGUCAGGUGCAGGUGUCAUUUGUCUCAAGAAUUCCUGUUGCAUUUCCGACGGGUGAUGCAAACUCUCUUUGCAGAAGUAUAGUGAUGUAUGCUUGUACCAAAAAUGUUGACUUAGCUAUUCAACAAGGCAAACAAAAACCUCCUGGCCUUACACGUUCUUCAUCUAUGCUUAUCUCUUCUGGACACAGUAAAUCAACCAACAGUUUAAAACUAAGUAUCUUCACACCCAAUGUUAUGAUGAUUUCCAAACAUGCAGAUGGGUCAUUGAACCAGUGGCUAGUGAGUUUUGCUGAGGAAUCUGCUUGUUCAACCGUACUCAGUAUUUCACAUAAAUCCCGAUAUUGUGGUCAUCGUUUUCAUCUUAAUGACUUGGCUUGCCACUCAGUAUUACCACUGCUGCUUACAACCUCACAUCACAAUGCUCUAAUUUCACCAGAUGUUGAGAGCGCAAAACAGGCAAAUGAUUCUUUAAAGUCUCAAGAGUCACCAGUAAGACUUCAGAGUAGAGGCAAUGCAGAUGUAACAUCCCAGGAUCCCAAUGCAGUUUACAGUGAACUUAUUCUUUGGAGAGUUGACCCUGUUGGGCCUUUGUCCUUUUCUGGUGGAGUUUCUGAACUUGCUCGGAUCAAUUCUCUUCAUGUUUCGGCUUUUUCUAAUGUUGCAUGGCUGCCCACACUUAUACCUAGCUAUUGCCUUGGUGCAUACUGUAAUUCUCCAAGUGCCUGCUUUGUGGCCAGUGAUGGACAGCAUUUGAGAUUAUAUCAGGCUGUAAUAGAUGCAAAGAAACUUUUGUGUGAGCUUUCCAAUCCAGAAAUUUCUAAAUAUGUUGGUGAAGUUUUUAACAUCAUAAGUCAGCAAUCUACGGCUCGUCCAGGAUGUAUCAUUGAACUGGAUGCUAUCACAGAGCUUCAUGGCAGGAAAACACAGUUAUUCCAUGUUUUUCAAGAAGACUUCAUUUUAAAUAACCAGGAGAAGGGAAUACCUGAAAAGAAGAACAAUUUAUCAGACUCUGGAAACAAGCACAAUGGAUUCUCUGAAAAAUUCUACUUAAUAGUAAUAGAGUAUACUCAAAACCAUUCAUUACUACAUAUGUGGCAUUUACAUUUGAAGUCAAUUCCAGUCUCAGUAGAUGAAAAGGUAGAUUCAAAUACACCUGAAGCAGCAACACAAACAGAAGAAUUGUAUUCUUCACCAGAUCCAGAGAAGAUCCAAUCACCUUUCACUCAAAAGUAUCAGGCCUGUAGAGCCAAUCUUCAGAGCACCAGCUGGCUUACUCUGUCUUCCAAAAUGGUGUAUAGCCAAGAGUUGCAUUUGCCAGAAGGAGUAGAGAUAAUAAGUGUAAAGCCAUCAGCAGGACAUCUCAGUUCAUCUUCCAUAUAUCCUGUUUGCCGUGCACCGUAUCUGCUGGCUACUUCAUGCUCUGAUGGAAAAGUUCGAUUCUGGAGAUGCAGAGUUACCUCUGAAUCAUCAGCUUCUUCCAUGCAAGAAUAUAGUGCACAUAGUGAUGUUACAUAUGUAUGGGAAGAAUGGCCAUUACUGAUUGAAGAUGGACUUCUUAGCAGUAGUGCUAUUAAUGUUCCAGGAAGGCCAACUGAAGUUAGCUGUGCACACACAAACAGAUUAGCAGUAGCAUACAAGCAGGUAACAUCUAAAAAUAGUCAUCUUUCUCAAGAUUUUGUAAUGCAUGUUAGUAUUUUUGAAUGUGAAUCUACAGGGGGUUCUUCUUGGAUUCUAGAACAGACUCUUCAUUUAGAUGAGAUAGGCACCAUGUUAGACUCUGGUGUUAGUAUUGAUAGUAAUUUAGUGGCAUAUAACCGACAAGACAUUUCUCUGUCUCAUGGUGGGAGUAUUAUGCCCAGCACGAAGCACUUGGUACACUUAGAUUGGAUGUCUAGGGAAGAUGGUUCGCAUAUUCUAACAGUGGGAAUUGGAUCAAAACUUUAUAUGUUUGGUCAGCUCUCUGGGAAAAUGCAAGAACAAAAUGGUAAGGAGAUUGUAGCAAUCUCCCAUAGUGGCCACAUGAAGGCUACAGCCCUUUCUAGGUUUGUUCUGCUGCGUUGUGUUGACUUGGUUUCAUCUGUAGAGGGGUCACCUCCUUUUCCAGUCUCUUUGUCUUGGGUGCGUGAUGGCAUUCUUGUAGUUGGAAUGGACUGUGAAAUGCAUGUUUAUUCCCAGUGGCAAUCUCCUUCCAAGCAGGAACUAGUUAGUACAGAUUCCUCCAGUGGAAGUAUGCCAUGUAUAACUAGCUUAAUGAAACAAAGCCAGUCAGCUGCCUCAGGUCUGCAUCCACCAAAGCGAACCUUGACCAGAUCUAUGACCAGCCUUGCACAGAAACUUAGUGGGAAAAGAUCUGCCUGUGAUCUGUCUACAGAAAUGGAAGAUUCCGGUCUCUUUGAAGCAGCUCAUACAUUAUCUCCCAUUUUACCUCAGUACCAUCCAUAUCAACUGUUGGAACUCAUGGAUCUUGGUAAAGUACGUAGAGCAAAAGCCAUUUUGUCCCAUCUCGUGAAGUGCAUUGCUGGAGAAGUUGUUGCUAUAAAUGAAUCUGAACCUAAUCACGAUAAGAGGCUCAGAUCUCUGACCAUCAGUGCUAGUGGAAGUACUGCAAGAGAUCCCAAAACAUUCAGCAAAACUGAGACUACAGACUAUAUCGAAAUAGACUCUGUUCCACCAUUGCCUUUGUACGCUCUGCUUGCUGCAGAUGACGAUUCAUGUCAUUCCUGUUCAGAGAAGUCUAAUAAUCAAAAUAGUCAAAAUAAAAAAGAUGUGCCCAAUGACAAUUAUGAAGAUCUCUUUCAAAAUACUGUUAUAAGUACAGAUGAACUUGUUACUUUUGAUGCAGAUGAAGACAGUUCGAAACCAAAAGUCAUUGAUCUUUCUCAAUAUAGCCCAACUUACUUUGGACCAGAGCAUGCUCAAGUUCUUUCUCGUCACUUGCUUCAUUCAAGCUUGCCAGGUCUGACUAGGAUGGAGCAAAUGUCAUUGAUGGCCUUGGCAGAUACGAUUGCUACUACCAGUACUGACAUUGGAGAAAGCAGAGACAGGAAUCAGGGUAAGCUGUCUCUUAGUGUUAAAUUGAAUCUCUUUUUUUUUUUUUUUUCCCCUCCCUUUUUUUUUUUAAAUGGCUUAUAUGUAGGUUUAUCUACUAGUCAUUUUGCCUGGGCAUUUCAUUCAGUGGCAGAAGAAGAACUACUGAGCAUGCUCCCUGCAGUACAGAAAGGAGAUCCAACAUGGUCGGAACUCAGAGCUAUGGGUAUAGGAUGGUGGGUUCGAAAUAUCCAUAGCCUGAGGAAAUGUAUAGAAAAGGUGGCUAAAGCAGCCUUUCAGCGAAACAAUGAUCCACUUGAUGCUGCCAUUUUUUACCUUGCAAUGAAAAAGAAGGCUGUGAUCUGGGGAUUAUACAGGUCCCAAAAAGAUACUAAAAUGACACAGUUUUUUGGAAACAACUUUACUGAGGACAGAUGGCGUAAAGCAGCAUUAAAGAAUGCUUUUUCUUUGCUUGGCAAACAGCGUUUUGAACAUUCUGCAGCAUUUUUCUUGUUGGCAGGACACUUAAAAGAUGCAGUGGAGGUCUGCCUUGAAAAACUGAAUGACAUUCAACUGGCUCUUGUAAUAGCAAGGCUUUAUGAGUCAGAGUUUGAAGUAUCUAGUACUUAUAAAUCUGUACUACAGAAGAGAAUUUUGGGAAGUGUGUUUCCUGGAAAAGAGAGCUCAGGAAACAUGCACUCUGACCCUUUUCUGCGAAGUAUGGCUUACUGGAUUUUAGAAGAUUAUAGCAAGGCUCUUGACACUUUGAUUAAACAUUCUGUUGAAGAUGGAGAUGAAGGAGAUGGCUCAUCGAGUUGUAACCCUGCGGUGUUUAACUUCUAUAACUACUUAAGAACACAUCCUCUCUUGUUGCGACGUCAUUUUGGGUCUUCUGAUACAUCUUCCACACACAUUUGCCUGACAGUAGAAAGUGGAUUAGCUGACAAAAUCAACCUAGGCGAAAGACGGCUGUUUUUCACCACUGCAUAUGCGCAUCUGAAAGCUGGUUGUCCUAUGUUGGCCUUGGAAGUGUUAUCAAAGAUGCCCAAAGUUGUCAAGAGGUCAAAGUCAUUCUGUAGAUCCCCUAGUUUAAUGGAUACUAGUAAAGAUUUUUCACCAUCUUCUCCAGUUAAAGAGUUGGAAACAAAAGACCAAUCUUCCAGUGUUGAUUGGUCACAGCCAGUAUUGAAUGGUCUAGGUUCAUCUUCAGAUUGUUCAUCAGGAAAACAUUCAAGUUCAACUCUGUCCUUUGACUGGAGCCAGCCAAGUGUGGUAUUCCAAGAUGAACACUUGAAACUACAGUCAGACAGUGAUGAAAGUGAUGAGAGUGAAGAUUCUUCCCUGGUAAUGAAAGAGCUAAAACCUCUGAAGAAACCUGAAAAAUUAUAUGAAACAAGUUCUAGCUACACAGAAUCUUUUAGUGUAGUUGAUGACAAAGAUAUUCUGAGUCCUUCAGAAGAUAUAAUUUCAGCACAGCUGAAGUUUAGAGCAUGCCUGAAAAUUCUUACUGUAGAGCUUCGUACGCUGUCUACUGGUUAUGAGGUAGAUGGUGGGAAGCUGAGGUAUCAGCUUUAUCAGUGGCUUGAAAGAGAAGUGGUAGCUCUUCAAAAGACCUGUGAUUAUAAUGUUGAAGUAGAAGAGAUACAGUCAGGAAUUAGUGUGAUGCCAGAGGAAGCUACGGUACAUGAAAACCCUGAAGACUCCGCUGACCAGCAAAAAAAUAUGCUACAGAAAGAAGACUUUCAGAGAAGACGUCAAUGGCUUCUGAAAUAUCAGUCUCUCCUCAGAAUGUUCCUUAGUUACUGUAUACUUCAUGGCUCUCAUGGUGGAGGUUUGGCAUCUGUCAGAAUGGAAUUAAUUCUGCUAUUGCAGGAGUCUCAGCAGGAACAGUCAAUACAGAUACCUUCCAGCCCUCUACCAGAGCAAAGCUCCAUACCUCUCCUAUUUGCUUGCACAGCUAGUGCCAAAACAGUGGUGGCUAAUCCGUUGCUACAUCUUGGUAACCUAACUCAUGAUAUAUUACAUGCCAUAAUAAACCUUGAUUCACCACCUCAUCCAGAUACUCAGAACAACAAGAUAUAUGUAAUGCAUACCUUAGCAGCGUCACUCUCUGCUUGCAUCUACCAAUGCCUUUGUGAUGGCCACAGCUACAGCUCAUUUCAAGCAAAUCAGUUCACUGGAACAGUGUAUCAGACAGUGCUAUUAACUCAGCGCCAUUCUCUAAGAACAGGAAGCUUAGAAGAAACAGUGACUCCCAAUACGUCACCUGCUCAAUGGCCAGGAAUAACAGCUCUGAUACGUCUCUUGAAUUCUGCUGGUGAGGAAGCCCAGCCAGGUCUCACAGUUUUACUUUGUGAAAUCCUAACUGCAGUCUAUCUGAGUCUGUUCAUCCAUGGCCUAGCAACACAUUCUAGCAAUGAGUUGUAUAGAAUUAUGGCUCAUCCACUUAACAGCAAAAUGUGGUCUGCUAUCUUUGGAGGAGGAGCUCAUAUGCCCAACAGUGGACAACUGCAAUUAAAGACAAAAACUGGUAGGCACUUCCCAAUGCCUAGCCCACAUCAGGUGGUAGUGUUCUCCAUGGAAUGCGUGGGGUUUUCCAAAUCCCUUACCACCUUCAGUACUCAUAGUCCUACCAAAUCUUCAGAUGAUGGAGAGAAACAGCAAAAACGUUACAGACUUUCAUCAAAAACCUCUCCAAAAGAGAGUUCUCAGUCGCCUGCAUUGCCAUUGGUAGACCAAGAAUCUUCAUCUUCCAAGGAAAGGUUUAUUCCUCCUGAGCUUAGCAUCUGGGAUUAUUUCAUUGCAAAGCCUUUCCUUCCAUCGCAAGGUAGAGUGGAAUAUGAUUCAGAAGAGAGUCAGGAAAGUGGUGAAGAUGAUGAAGAUAUUGAUGGUGAUGUGUUUGCAUCAAAUUCACAUAAUCAAGAGCAUUCUAAUUCAAAUUCAUACAGUUGGUCACUGAUGAGAUUGGCAAUGGUUCAGCUGGUACUUCACAAUUUGAAGAUUUUCUACCCUUUGGCUGGACAUGAUCUUUCAGAGCUUCCAGUUAGCUCCCCAAUAUGCCAUGCAGUUCUGAAAACACUACAGCGCUGGGAACAAGUUCUUCUCCGACGUCUUGAGCUAUAUGGGGGUCCACCUCAACAUUAUAUUUCAGUUCAUGCUUCUGAAGAUGCCUUAGCUGCUGGUCCUGCACUGCUUCGCCAUAAAACUUUACUUGAGCCUACAAACACUCCUUUCAGAUCUAACAGUCAUGUUGCACUAUCUGUGAAAAGGCUCUGGCAGUACUUAGUUAAACAGGAAGAAGUCCAGGAAACCUUUAUCAGAAAUAUUUUUACAAAGAAGCGAUGCCUGAAUGAGUCAUUAGAGGAGCACAAUGAAACCGUGAAAAAUUCUGUGGUGGAGGAGCCCAUCAUCAAUAAGAUAGAAACAGAUUUGGGAUACCCAGGAGGCAAGGCAAGAAUAAUCCAUAAAGAGUCUGACAUCAUUACUGCUUUUGCAGUCAAUAAGGCAAAUCGGAACUGCAUUGCAAUAGCAUCGAGUCAUGACAUUCAAGAAUUAGAUGUUUCUGCGAUUUUAGCCACACAAAUCUAUACCUGGGUUGAUGAUGAUGUGGAAAUAGAAAAUAAAGGGGCUGAUGAUUUCUUAGUUAUACAUGCUCGAGAUGAUCUGGUAAAUGUUCAGGGAACCACUCCUUAUACUCACAGUAAUCCCGGCACACCUAUCAAUAUGCCUUGGCUUGGUAGUACACAAACUGGCAGGGGUGCAUCUGUGAUGCUCAAGAAGGCUAUUAAUAACGUCAGAAGAAUGGCUUCUCAUCCAACAUUACCAUAUUACCUGACAGGUGCUCAAGAUGGUAGUGUAAGAAUGUUUGAAUGGGGUCAUGCACAGCAAAUCACAUGUUUUCGGUCUGGUGGCAACUCAAGGGUAACUCGAAUGAGAUUCAAUUACCAAGGAAAUAAGUUUGGAAUUGUUGAUGCUGAUGGAUAUAUAAGUUUAUAUCAAACAAAUUGGAAAUGUUGCCCGCUUACUGGAACUUCACCUAAACCAUAUUUGACCUGGCAGUGUCAUAACAAAACAGCCAAUGACUUUGUUUUCAUCAGUUCAUCAUCUUUGAUAGCCACAGCAGGAUUGUCUUCUGACAACAGAAAUAUUUGUCUUUGGGAUACUUUGGUUUCACCUACAAAUACCUUGGUGCAUGCUUUUAUCUGUCAUGAUAGUGGAGCAACUGUGCUAGCAUACGCUCCAAAACAUCAGCUGUUGUUAUCUGGAGGCAGAAAAGGCUUUACAUGUAUAAUUGAUCUUCGCCAAAAACAGCAGCAACAGUUACUCCAGAGUCAUGAUUCUCCAGUCAAAGCAAUUGCUGUUGAUCCUACAGAAGAGUAUUUUGUCACAGGAUCUGCUGAAGGCAACAUAAAGGUAUGGAGUCUGUCUACGUUUAAUCUUCUUCACACUUUCAUCAAUGAGCAUGCUCGACAGUCUCUCUUCAGAAACAUUGGGACGGGAGUCAUGCAAAUUGAGACAGGACCAGCAAAUCACAUAUUCUCCUGUGGUGCUGAUGGAACAGUAAAGAUGAGAAUCUUGCCCGAUAGAUUCAGCCCUUUAAAUGAUGUGUUAAAAAAUGAUGUGAAAUUUAUGAUCUAAUAUUUUUCUCAGAACAGUGUAUAAUAUUCCCCUUCUGCCAUCCCUAAAAAUAUUUUUCCUGGAACUAGCCAACAAAGCAGAUACACAAUGAUAGCUUGUGCCACAAGGAUGUUUGGGUUUCUUUUUUUUU